AUGUCAGUACGAAGUUCAGAAAGUGGAGUGGGUGCAAAGAAGAGCAUACGAGGAUCGUUCUUCACCAAGAAAGUUGCUCUCCUCUCUGUUGUUGCUGCUUAUAUUUUUCUAAAGCACCAAGAUGACUUUGGAAGACAGAAUGGUCCUGCGACAUUAAAACCAAAUAAUAGAGUUGCUAGGAAUUUAACACUGGAAACAGAGGAAGCUCCAUCACAAAGUAAAUCCUCACUUAAAGAUUUAUUUCAGAAGCAGGGGAAAAAAGAGAAAGUUCUUGAAGUUAGGAAAGAGGCCACCGGCUCCGGAAAUAAAAUCCCAACUGAACCGGAGAAAAAAAUCCCAGUUCAGACCGGAAAGGCUACAAGUCAGCUAGCCAAGGGGACGCCUAAUAAGUUAGCCGAUAAGGUGGCAAAGGACCCCCCAAAUAUGCAUACAAACAAGACCACGGAUAAUAAUAAUAAAGUAGAGCAUACUGACAUCCUGAAGACGGGGUCCUUCAAAAGUCGAGACGGACUAGAGCUGAAGACAUACAAGUGGGUGGUGGACAAGCCCGUCGGAAUUAUAAUACUAGUACAUGCCCUAAACUGCCAUGUGAGAUUUGAGUACCUAAAGCAUAAUGCCAUCAUAGAGAGUAAGGAAAAGGCCACCCUCAUCGAUAGAAAUAAUUACUACCUUUAUAAAGGUAGCUGGGUAGAACAAUUUAAUAAAAAUGGCUACUCAGUCUACGGGUUAGAUAUGAGAGGACAUGGAGAGUCCGGAUGCGUAAAAAAUGUGAAGACCCACAUAAAUAACUUUCAGGAUUUAAUUCGCGACGUGGUGCAGUAUGCUAACAUUGUAUACGACUCAUUAUGCGAACCAGGGAAAAAGAAGAAAAAUAAAAAAGCAGCCAAUGGGGGUGUUAACACGUCUAACGAUGGGGAAUCCUCCGAUAAUGAGGAAACAUCACAGGGAACUUAUCCCUCUCCUGGCAACACUCCAUCUAGUGGGGAACAAACUCCAAAUACCGUGAACAAUAGCAGGAAGAAUGGCGUCCCUCCAUUCUACUUCAUGGGUCUAUCAAUGGGAGGAAAUAUCGUUUUAAGAAUAUUACAAUUGAGGGAAAAAAAAGGAGAUGAAUCAAUUAAGCGCUUAAACAUAAAGGGAGUGAUUAGUCUAGCGGGCAUGAUUUCUCUAGACGACCUGAAGAAGAAGCCAGAAUAUAAGUACUUCUACAUACCUAUGGCGAAGGUUGCAGCCGCACUUCUCCCCACCAUGAGACUGGGCCCUUCCCUGAAGUUUGAGAUGUUCCCUUACAUUAAUGACCUGUUUAGCUUUGACCCCCACUGUUACAAUAAGGCCAUAACGAACCGUUUCGGGAAUGAACUUUUAAAGGCAGUAGAUGCCUUACACAAGGAUAUGAAGUACAUCCCGGAAGACGUACAAAUAUUGUUUGUCCACUCGGUGCUGGAUAGCGCUUGUUCGUACACUGGAGUGUCCAAAUUUUUUAAUGCACUUAAAACGAAGAACAAGGAAUUGUUUACCAUUGAGGACAUGGACCAUAUUCUUCCUCUGGAACCGGGGAAUGAGAGAAUCCUCAAGAAGUUUAUCGACUGGCUGGUUCAGUUGCAGUCCGUUAAAGCGUGA